UCCAUGCCUGGAGUCUGGUUGCUGACUUGUGAUCCUCCUGAAACUUAGGACCAUCUUGGGGAAUUGGGGGUCACAGAGGAGAGAAGUCUCCCCCGAGCUGGCCUGGAAGGGGGCCCUGUCCCCACUUUGGUCGCCUGUUCCCCGUGUAUUCCAGUCUGCUGCCGACAUGCCCACCCAGCUGGAGAUGGCUAUGGACACCAUGAUUCGAAUCUUCCACCACUACUCUUGCAAGGAAGGGGACAGAUUCAAGCUCAACAAGGGGGAACUGAAGCUGCUCCUGCAGCGAGAGCUCACAGAAUUCCUCUCGUGCCAAAAGGAUCCCCAGUUGGUGGAUAAGAUAAUGCAGGACCUGGAUGCCAAUAAGGACAACGAAGUGGAUUUUAAUGAAUUCGUGGUCAUGGUGGCAGCUCUGACGGUUGCUUGUAAUGAUUACUUUGUAGAACAAUUGAAGAAGAAAGGAAAAUAAAGAUAAAUAUGCUUUCUCCGGAGGGGGGAAGCUUCGGUGCACAGCGAGGACACUCCAUUCUCUGCUUGGUUCACUACAACACCCCAACCCGUGUUUCUG